AUGGACCCCUCCGUGUUGGAGGAUGCCGACCUGGCUGCCUUGGAGCACGAGUUUCCCGCUGAUCUUCAGAUUGAUGGGGGAGACUUCGGUGAUCAGCUUAGUCUUGUGUUGCCCGGCCUGGAUUGUGAUGAGGCUGAAAGGCGGACUCCCGACCCUUGGCUUCUGCUGGACUCGGGCGGGGGCUUCCAGGCAGUGUCUGAAGAUGCUUCUCAACCUGGAGUUGAGGCUGCUGCUUCUGAGGACGAUGCCAGUGCUGAGGUGCAAUGGUACCAGCAAGUUGCCGAGGACUUCCCGUCAUCCGAUGUUGAGAGCCAUCAUAAGCAAUCCCAGUGGCGUCUUGUUGAACUGCAUCCUUCAGUACCUGCAGCCUCGCCUCGGGUUACUGCUGAAGGGUAUCAGACUGCUCUGUCGGCUGCUUUUCAUGCGGUUCCGGCGAAGGCUACACUGUCACUUCCAUGGGAAUCAGGAGUCUGGAGUGCGCUGUUUGGUGCUGCUGCUUCCGGUGACUGGUUGCAGCAGGUGACACCUGCUUUCAACAGACCUGUGCAGCCGACUAGUGGCCAACCAGAGGAGUCCUUAGUGCCUGCUUCUUCGGGUUUAUUUUCACUUUCUUCGAAGCCUCGGCAAGACAGAGUCUUCAUGGCUGUUGUGUCGCAGUCUUUGGAUGUCUCUUGGGAAGAGCAGAGGACUCUUGAUUUCGACAGAUCCGUUAAGCUGUGGCUCCACACGAUUCUUCGUUGGGAUGUCGACUGCGAGGUGAGGCAGAUGCUGUGCGAGGAAGAAUCUGUGCAAGGGCAGAUUGGACUGCUGGAAGACUUCUUCCGUGGUCGUGCACCAUCGACGCUGCUCAAGAGGGCCCGGGCUUUGGCGAAAGUUGCCAAUUGGUUGCAGGAGAAAGGCGCGCCAGCCUAUCCUAUCAGUGAGAAGCUUUUCUACGAAUUCCUUCGAGCGGAAAGGGCCCUAGGAGCUCCUGCAUCCAGGCUGAAAGGCUUUCACGAAGCCAUUGUCUUUUCGAGGUUCGUGCUCGGUGUGGCAGGGCUUGAGCUUGCUACUGCUAGCCGUCGUUGUUUGGGCGCCACUAAAUCGGAUGAGCCCAGGGACAGGAAGCAGGCCCAACCGCUUACGGUCCAGCAACUGUUGGAGCUCCACAGGAGGCUUGACAGCGAAGACGAGGACCCGUGGAACAGAUUGUUCUGUGGUGCCACACUUUGUGUGGCCUACGCCCGCAGUAGGUGGGGCGACGCACAGCAUGUGUGCAGGUGGGCCCUGGAUUAUGACACCCUAGGAAACAUCGCAUACUUGGAAAUUACAGUGGCGAGUCAUAAGACGAUGCAUUCAUCUCAGCACCGUUUCCAGUUUUUACCAAUGGUGUCCAUUGCCUUGGGCGUCGCUGACAAAGAGUGGGUCUCCACUUGGAUGCGAGUCCGGAAGCAGCUGGGCAUAGACAAUCCGCCAGGUCACUGUCUAAUGCCUGCUCCGGAUCAAGAGGGAAAACCUCUCAGCAGACCGCUUUCAUCUUCGGAGGCUGGGAAGUGGGUUCGUCGCCUCCUGGAUUGUGAACCUGCUGAAGGCUGCCCCAACAGGAUCACAAGCCACUCUUUCAAGGCAACGCUGCUUUCUAUGGCUGCUAAGCGUGGGUAUUCUAUUGAAGACAGGCUCCAGAUGGGGUACCAUUCAGUGCCGGGUCGCAUGGCACUUGUGUACUCUCGGGAUGGUGCUGCAAGGAGCUUGCGACUGCUAGAAGUGAUGCUUGAGGAAAUCAGGAGUGGUUUUUACCUCCCUGACAGCACGCGGUCUGGGCGUCUCAGGGGUCCAGCACGUGAGAUUCUAGAGCAUGCACCUCUCGCAGGAGAGAAUCGGCCUGAGACGGGUGAUUCUCGCGCUAGCGUUGGGCCAGAGGCUGUCAAGGCUGAGCUCACCGGCGAUCUAGGGGAUGGAACUGUUGAAAUCUUGGGAUCAGAAGACGAACAGGAGGCAGCUGCUACCGAGCGAGCUGCGGAUUCCGAGCAUGUCACCACAGACAGCUCCGGUAGCGAAUCUUCGGAUUUGGAAGAGGGCAACGAGCGAGUGCUCGAAUGUGGUCGUAUGGUCGGACAACUGGAGAGGAGGCUCGCACAGGAGGUGAUUGAUGCGAUGGACAGGAGUUGCCCUGCGGAUCUGAUGUCCAGGCCAAACGCAAGCUGUGGUGAGUUUUUCUUGGCAAUGCUGCUGGGCGUAUUGGGCGGGCUGCUUGGAAAAGAAUUGAUGGACCUGGAGUGCACGGAUAGCGACUGCAAGAAUGCUCGAGCGAGCGCUGGUUUCUCAGCAAAGAACAUCAAAUCUUUCCGCAAACUCGCCUUCGCCAUCGGCACUCCGCAGACUGCACCGAGUGUCGCAGAUCUUCGCACUUUGCACUUCGAAGUCGAGGCCAAAUCGGCUAUAUCGCUUGAGAAACAGCGCGGGGUCGCCUUUGAUCAAUGUCGGUUGUUGUCAUGGGACAUUCACCAGAAAUGGGUCACAACACUCAUGGAGGCCAUGUGCGAAGAUCCAUGUACCCAGGCAUCUCGCCUUGUGCUCGGCGCUCUUCCUCGCGGGAAGGUUCUUAAGCCGCUUGUGCCCGAGUUCGGUCGCUACCUCAAAGUGCUGACGUAUCCUGAGACAGGUGCCUUGCUGCGCUUCAUGCGACGCCUUCCCAAGGGUUCCAAGGUCACUUCGCGUUUUCUGAGUGGGGGAACAAAUGCCUGCGAAGUCUCCCAUGUUGGCGGCUAUCUCGAUACAGUGGAUCUCACAUCCCAGCUUAGGCAGGGCUCUUUUGACAUUCAGGAUGUCUCGCUUGCCUGUUUCGGCCGUAGCCCAUUUGCUGACAAUGCACCUCUUCACAAAGGUUGUAAAGCUGAGUGCCUGAGCGAGCGGUGUUUCCAGAAAGGCUUCAUCACGAAGUCUGAGCUGAGCAUGCUGCUUGACGUAUUGCCCACUGAUCGAAAAUUUGCAAAGAGCAGAGGCGAUUGCCUCGAUUCCACUAAGACAUGGACCUCAGGGGCCUUUCACUUCUCCGGCCAAGCCGGGGCCGUCAGAGUUCGCCCGGCGGAUCCACAGGAGCAGGAGCUUGUGCUUGAAGUGUCGCAGCGCCCGGCCAAGCUUGAUGCGUCGCUGGUGCACUCUACUGACGACUGGUCGGGCGAUCGGAUUCUUCUUGUUGCUUUUCAUGUUCAGGGCGCGACAUCUAUGAGUUGCGCAGAUCAGAGGAGAUGCACCGAGCUUGGAUUUGUGCUUGACGUCGGCGCUGCUGGGGAUCAUGUACACGAUGCUGCUGGAGUGAACCUUUCCUCUGCCGAAACUGUCUUUGUUGGAGUUCCGAGCGAUCCCGAGGAGUUCAUACGACAAGCGGUGGAAGCAGGGCACCCAAUGGACAUGGGCAUGCACGUGUGCCCAGCUGUGGACCGGGCGAUCAGGGCCAACUUCUGCGACCCUCCUGAAUUAGUCAUCCAGCGGCGGCUAAGCACUCUCGAACGCUGGGAGAAACGGGCUAGUGUACUGGAUCCUCUCGAAGCGGAGGCGAACAACCGAAGGCCACACCACAUACAGACGCUGCUCAAGGGCAAGCGCAUCCUCUUGUGGAAAGAGCUCCUGAGCGAGAUAGGCUACCCCGAUGUCAAGAUUCUCGACGAGGUUGAGCAGGGCCUGCCUCUCACUGGGUGGAUGGCUGAGUCACAGGUCUUCGCAAGCAACCCGAGGGCGCCCACAAUGUCUGUUGAUACUGUCGUCGCUAUGAACAGGGGCUUUCACGCUCUGGUCAAAAGGCGCCUCUCCAAGAGGCAGGAUCAGGACGUCGAGCAAAAGACUUGGCUUGAGACAGAGGAGGAGAUUGCUAAAGGGUGGUUCUGGAUUGAUGAGUCUGGCUGCUGGGAAGGGAAGAUCAUUGCGCACCGGUUCGGCCUUCUUCAGAAACUCAAACUCCGCACGAUCGACGACUGCAGUGUUGGGGGUCUUAACUGCACUGUUGGUCUUCCGGAGAAGAUGCGAGUCCAUUCUAUAGAUAUUCUUGCAUCUAUGUUGCGGCGCGCUCUGGAGCUUUGCGGCGGCGGCAAGGCCACUUGUGGCUGGCUAGGCCGCACAUACGAUCUUCAGGCGGCCUAUCGUCAGUUCGGCAUAAGCUCUGUUGCUCGGGAACUCUUGAGGAUUGUCGUCAACAAGCCUGGGGCGGAACAGCCCAUCCUCCUUGGUGCCAACAGUCUUCCGUUCGGUGCAGUGGGUUCAGUUGCUGGCUUCCUCAGGCUGUCUAUGGCUAUCUGGACUCUCGGCCUGGUGGGACUGGAGCUGUGCUGGUCUGCUUACUACGAUGACUUUCCGACUGUCACCAGUGAGCCACUUCUUGAGAAUACGAGCUCGUGCGUAGACCGCAUGUUCAGGCUCAUCGGGCUUGACUAUGCUACCGAGGGCAAGAAAGCUCCACAGUUUGCGAGCUGUUUCGCGGCACUUGGAGUUCAGGUGGAUCUGCAGCAAGCUCAGUCUGGCUCGAUUGUUAUCGGACACACCGACGCUCGGAAAGAGGAGCUGACCGCUUGCAUCGAUUCCAUUCUCGCUGAUUGCAGCAUGACUUCGAAGGAAGCAGAGAAGCUGAGGGGACGACUCGUCUUCUUUGAAGGAUUCACUUUCGGUAGAGUCGCUCAAGUGGCUGUCAAGCAUGUGGGCCGCCACGCUCAAGGCUCGAGUGGCUCUGUGAAGUUAUCUGCUGAUGUCAAGUGGGCUUUGGGUAUGAUUAAAACUCGAAUCUGUCAUGCCCUGCCAGUGACUAUAUCGGCGAAGGCACUGCAGACCACUUAUGUCUUCACUGACGGCGCUUUCGAGCAAGGUCGAGGCUCUUUUGGAGGGGUUCUGAUCUCUCCUCACGGCAGGUGCGUUUCUUAUUUCGCGGGAGAAGUGAGUCGUGAGGCGAUGCAUCAUUUGCUCGCGUCGUCCACUCAUCCCAUCUAUGAGCUUGAGCUGCUGCCAGUGCUUAUCGCCAUGCAGGUUUGGGGGAGACUCUCCUCUCACCAGCAAACAGUUUACUAUCUUGACAACGAGCCUGCACGAAUCGGGAUGAUUAAGGGGGCGGGUGGCACUGCCAUCGCGGACCUUAUCAUUUCCAAAGCUAGUGCACUUGAAUGUGAGCUAGGCCAACACGCUUGGUACGCUCGUGUUCCUUCGCAUUCCAACAUCGCUGAUGAUCCAAGUCGCUUUUACUUUGAACGACUUCACAAGCUCGGUGCUGCGAGAGUUCUGCUUGACGAAAGCUGGGUCGCGAGCCUCGUUUUGGAAGCGGGGCCGGAGGGCCUUUUCUUUCUCCGCUCUCUGCUGAUGUGCAAUUCCAGCGUCGAGCAUGCAUGGGGUGACGGAUCUCUUUACACUGAUUCCCUGCUGCGUGCUUUGACGCCGGCACACGAGAUCAUCGCCGGGACCGGCGGCGGCCCUCUCCCUGACAACUUCUGGGAUCCGGCAGGGAUCACCAAUGGCAAGACCGAGAAGGAGAUCGCAAUGUUCCGGGCCGUAAUGCUGAAGCACGGCAUGAGGGAGGUGAUCCUCACGAUCAUGCUCCUGGAGUGGCUCAUGAGGAUCGUCCUUGACACGUGCUCGGACGGACGAUAUUGGCAAGGCUUCCUCGCACGCAUUUCCAAAUUGUUAAUCGUCGCCGACCAUUUCCGCGAAUACGACAAGUGGCCGUGGCUUCGAAUCAGCUCGCUGGAGAAGCAGCUUCAGGAUCAUCCGUCGUUUGUCGUGGCCGAGGUGCUGUUCUUGAUUCUGGCAGCUUUCUCGUUCCUGCACGCUAUUUGCGAAUCCCGUGACGCGGAGUUUCGUCGGCUGAAGUUGAUUUGGUUGGCGACAUUCAUUGUGGGUACGGUCAACGAUUAUAUUUUUAUGCUGUUGCCGGUGGUGGACAAUUUCUGGCAGGCACAAGCUGUUCUAAUGCUGACUCCAAGAAUGCCACUCUAUAUUCCUUGCGUAUACAAUGCAUUCAUGUACUGGCCUACUGUGGCGGCCGCUCGUGUCUUUUGUCAUAGACGGAAGUGUCCGAUCGCAGAAGCGAGCCUUGCAGGCCUUCUGGCAGCCCUUCUCUAUGCACCCUACGACAUGUGCGGUGCGAAGUUUCUGUGGUGGACCUGGCAUGACACAGAUCCUGGAGUUGCACUGCGAUGGUUUGGCGUUCCAGGUGGAAGCACGGCAUGGACCCUCACCUUCACGUUCUGCUUCUCCCUGCUCCUGCGCUGGGGGUCCGAUGCUGGCUGGGGCCCGCUUCGGAGCUUGGCUCUGGCGUGUUGGUCCACACCGCUGAUGCUGGUCGUGCUGAACGUCUUUACGGUCCUGGGAUGGGACAGGAUCGGCAUGCCCGGCCCGCAGACCGUCCUUUCCACUGCUCUCUUCUUUUCGGCCCUCUGCCUUUGGAAGCCAGCGCUCAAGGUCUGGCCACAGAGAUCGGCGACGCUGCAUCUGUGCGCGCCAGAGCACUGGUCCGUCCACUUUGCCAUCGUUGGAUACUUUUUCGCUCUGAUCUUGAUUGGUUUGGCUUUCUCGCCGGAAAACCAGGUUUCUACCGGAGUUCAUCAAGAAUUCGGGCCGUGUGAUGCCACUGACAUCGAUUUGCUUGGUCUUGCGCGGAAGCGAUACAUCUGCCGCGAGAGGUUUCCACAAGACUAUUUUAGCCUGGAUUGCCACGGAUCCACGAAGGACCGACAACUUGCAGGGAUUUAUUUGCAUUUGCUUCAGCACGGCGCAGAAUGA